AUGUCACGCGCAACAGAGGCUGACCAAGAUUUCCCAGAAAUCCCAAUCAGUGGGCCAUACCAGAAAACUAUGACGGACCUGGAGAACGGAACUUAUCCCACCAAAACCACGGCUGCACAGUGGUCAAUCACAUGGCAAUAUCCUCGAGGUCCAAUAACCCAACCUGUGCAUGCCUUUCCCAACAUCAAAGUGGACACAGAUGCCUUUCCCGUCGAAAUUUCCAAGGUAUCAGCAAUCAACUUCGAGACCGAAUGGUACUACGGCGUCGGUGACGAGAGGCCGGAAGCCGUCGACAUCGCUGCCCUGACCACCGCCCAAAUAAAUGCCAAUGUGGCCAUCGACAUGUUCUUGGACUCAAAUCCCAACAAAGCCAUAGACACAACACAAGCCAAGUACGAGGUGAUGAUCUGGCUGGGCCAGUACGGAGCCUCCACGCAGCAGAUUGGUCUCGAAGAAGGCGUCGUUACGACUCAGAUAGUCAAUGGGACGACUUUCAGUCUAUACACCGGUGUCAACGGUCUCAACCAGAAUGUCUUGACGUGGGUUGCGCAAGACGCUGCGACCGGUCAUACCAAUUUCUUUGCCGAUCUGGGUCCAUUGCUGCAAGGCUUGACAGGGAUAGGUGGGCCUACUGUGGAUGAUUACCUCGGGUAUAUUGCGUUCGGCUCUGAGGCUUAUGAUUCGGGUUCAAACGUCACGUUCUACAACAAGCAUUUGUCCUUCGAUCUGGUGACUGUAUAA